CGGCGGAAGCGGCGGCGGGGACGGGCCGGGCUGGGACGGGCGGAGCGUUCAGAGGCUCCCGAGGCUCCCGCCGCCCCCGCUGCAGGUCCCGCCGCCCGCACACCGGCUCCCCGCCGCUACCGGGCCAGGCACCGGCACCAUGUCGGUGGCGGGGCUGAAGAAGCAGUUCUACAAAGCGACCCAGCUGGUCAGCGAGAAGGUCGGAGGGGCCGAAGGGACCAAGUUAGAUGAUGACUUCAAGGAGAUGGAAAAGAAAGUGGACGUGACCAGCAAGGCUGUCACAGAAGUCCUGACCAGAACCAUAGAGUACCUCCAGCCCAACCCAGCUUCCAGAGCCAAGCUCACCAUGCUCAACACCAUGUCCAAGAUCCGCGGGCAGGUGAAGAACCCCGGCUACCCCCAGUCCGAGGGGCUGCUGGGGGAGUGCAUGAUCCGCUAUGGGAAGGAGCUGGGAGAGGAUUCCAACUUUGGGGACGCGCUCCUGGACGCCGGCGAAUCCAUGAAGCGCCUGGCGGAGGUGAAGGACUCGCUGGACAUCGAGGUCAAACAGAACUUCAUUGAUCCCCUGCAGAACCUGUGUGACAAGGACCUGAAGGAGAUCCAGCACCACCUCAAGAAGCUGGAGGGGAGGCGCCUGGACUUCGACUACAAGAAGAAGCGGCAGGGCAAGAUCCCCGACGAGGAGCUGCGCCAGGCCAUGGAGAAGUUUGAGGAGUCCAAGGAAGUGGCAGAGACCAGCAUGCACAACCUCCUGGAGACAGAUAUCGAGCAGGUGAGCCAGCUGUCAGCCCUGGUGGAUGCCCAGCUGGAUUACCACAGGCAGGCCGUGCAGAUCCUGGACGAGCUGGCCGAGAAGCUCAAGCGCAGGAUGAGGGAGGCCUCCUCCCGUCCCAAGAGGGAAUACAAACCCAAGCCCAGGGAGACCUACGACUUCAGGGAGCCUGACCAGUCCAACGGGGGCUUCUCCUGCAACCCCACCCCCAAAGCCUCAGCAGCUUCCACCUCUUUCCGGUCGGACAAGCCGUCCCGGGCCUCCGUCAGGAGUAUCCCCCCCCUGGACCAGCCCUGCUGCAAAGCCCUCUACGACUUCGAGCCCGAGAACGACGGCGAGCUGGGCUUCAAGGAGGGCGACAUCAUCACCCUGACGAACCAGAUCGACGAGAACUGGUACGAGGGGAUGAUCCACGGCCAGUCCGGCUUCUUCCCGCUCAACUACGUGGAAGUGCUGGUCCCGCUACCUCAGUGAGACGGCGCCGCUCCGCCCCGAGUGUCCCGAGCUCCAUUCCAGCUCCAGCCCCGCCCUCGCCGCCUCCCCUCGGGGCCAGGCGCUACCAGGGAACAAACCAGAAGGGUCCCACGGCCCCUUCCCCCCGUGAAUUUGGUUAUUUUCUUUUUUUUUUGGUCCUUUUUUUUCUUUCUUUUUUUUUUUUUGGUCCUUCUGGUGCUUGAACUUCGGUACUUUGUGCGCCCCACAGCCCCUGGCCGUGCUGCUGGCACUGCCCUGUCCCUGUCCCUGUCCACUUCCCGUCUUUCCUGUGGGUCCAGUGCGUGGGUGAGGCAGGUGGGAGAGCCAGGAUGUGUUCUGGGUACAGGUGGCACAGCCAGGAUGUGUCCUGGGCACAGAGGUGACCCCAGUGGCACAGCCAGGAUGUGUCCUGGGCACAGAUGGCACAGCCAGGAUGUGUCCUGGGCACAAGUGGCACAGCCAGGAUGUGUUCUGGGCACAGGUGGCACAGCCAGGAUGUGUCCUGGGCACAGGGAUGGCCCCAGGGCAGGGCAGCCCCAGUCCCGCCCCAGCCAACACUGCCCCUUGUCCCCACUGUCCCCACGGAUCCCAGGGAGAUCCCAGAGGGAUCAGGGGAGGGGAGCUGGGGCACAGCAACACUAAAACAGCCAGAGAACACUAACACAGCCCUGCAGGGCAGGAGCUGAGCCUGCCUGGGGCUUGGAGCCCUGCCUGGGGCUCAGAGCCAUCCCUGCCCACCCUGCAGGGACAGCAGGGAUGUCCCCUGCCCUCCUGGCCCCCUCCCCACUGAGCUCAACCCCAUGAUGGGGGGCUGCUCCUUCAUGGACCUCAGGCUUUUCCUGCUCCAAACUCUCCCAAGCCAGUCCCACCUGCAGGAUCACCUGGAAGGGGAGGAACUGGGCCACAGCCCGGGGUGUCUGUGUGAUGGGACAGAGGUCGGGGCUCCUCUGCCCUUCCUGGGGAUCCCUCCUGUGGCUGGAGCUCACCUGGCCCUCGGGUGCCUUCCCUGCACCCCCAGCCUGCCCCCGGCCCCCUCUGCCCCUGCAUUGCUGGGAGAAGGGAUGGUUCAUCUCAGUGGCACCUCUGCCAGCCCUUCUCCCUCUGCUGCGCUUUCCUUGGCCAGGGGGUUGGCAUGGGGUGGGCAUGGGGUUGGCAUGGGGCCACAGGGCAGCGUGUGCUGGGCUCUUUGGUUUCCCUUGCUGCAAAAGUGGGUUCUGCUACUCAUGGGGGCUGGGAUGGGCCCUGCUGUGAGCCCCAGCUGUGCAGGGCUGUGCUGCAACACCCCUGUCCUUGCAGCUCUGUGAGCCCCAGCUGUGCAGGGCUGUGCUGCAGCACCCCUGUCCCUGCUGCACCUCUGUCCCUGCAGCUCUGUGAGCCCCAGCUGUGCAGGGCUGUGCUGCAGCACCCCUGUCCUUGCUGCACCUGUGUCCCUGCCCCAGCUGUGCAGGGCUGUGCUGCAGCACCCCUGUCCUUGCUGCACCUCUGUCCCUGCCCCAGCUGUGCAGGGCUGUGCUGCAGCACCCCUGUCCCUGCUGCACCUCUGUCCCUGCAGCUCUGUGAGCCCCAGCUGUGCAGGGCUGUGCUGCAGCACCCCUGUCCCUGUCCCUGUCCCUGUCCCUGCAGCUCCUGCCCCGUUCUCUGUAAGGAUUUGGUCCGUGCAUGUCCACGUGUGUCUGACCCCCCCCCCAGCAGUGACCCCGGCCCCGGGGGGGGCACAGGGCAGCCCCCCCUGCUCCCAGCAGGGCAGGGAGCCCAUGGGACCGGAGUCCUGGGGGCCCUUCCCGCUGUCCCCUCCCCGCUGGGGGACACUGGCUCCCGCUCAGGUGGAUUGAAAUGCGUUCUGUCAGCUGGGACACCUCGCUAGGUCUAAUUUUGGGUUUUGUUUGGUUUUUUUUGUUUGGUUUUUUUUUUUUUUAAUGGUUUCUCCUGGUUUUUAGGGGGAAAAAUGAUGACCCACAAUUCUUGACUUGUAUCUCUGAAUGAA